GGUAGCAUGAAUAUUUUCCCAUAUUACCUCAUUCCUGAGCUUCACUUCCUGAGCACCAAAUUCGGGCAACGUGUUCUAAAGUUGUCAUAACCGAUCUUUCGAAAGCAAAAUUCUAUUUAUAUUUGGCAACAAAGAAAUCGUAAUGUUUAUAUCCGUAAUGGGUGGCCGAUCGAAUGAAUUUGACUGGAUUUUAAUUGCAGAUGACAUUUGAGAUAUAUUUUUCACAGUCUGAAACGCCGUUCCAUCGAUGGAGGAGAUUUUUCAUGAAAAACAAGAGGGUUCAUUGUGUGCUCAGCAUUGUUUAAAUGCCCUUCUUCAAGCACAUUAUUUUACUGCCGUUGAAUUGGCAACAUUAGCAAGCCAGAUUGAUGAAGAGGAAAGAUCAAGAAUGGCUGAAGGUGGCUUACAGUCUGAAGAUUAUCGUAAAUUUUUGCAACAACCUUCUGGAAAUGUAGAUGAUAGUGGUUACUUCUCUGUUCAGGUGAUUGCAUGUGCUUUGAAAGUAUGGGGGCUUGAACUGAUACCUUAUAACAGUCAAUGCUCAUUGGCUCAAAAUGCAAGGCGUGAUCCUACGCAACAGAGUGCUUAUAUCUGCAAUUUCUGGGAUCACUGGUUAACGAUUAGAAAAAUUGGAUAUCAGUGGUUUAAUUUAAAUUCAUUAUUAGUAGGACCUGAAUUGAUAUCAGAUACAUUUUUAGCUCUGUACCUGGCACAACUUCAGGAAGAAGGAUAUUCUAUAUUUAUUGUGGAUGGGAAAUUACCAGAAUGUAGUGCAGACAGAAUUUUGCGUCUUCAGCCUGCAGUACAGACAGAAAAACCUUGUUUAUUAUCUGAGGUGAAAGGAAUGAUGAACACAAGCUUGGAAGGGGAAGAAGACAGAACUUUACGUGAAACCUUAAAAUAUACUCUGGAUGAAUCUCUUCAACUUGAAGAUGAUUGUUUACAAGCUGCAUUAACCCUGAGCUUAAAUGAAUUUCAAAAAGCCUCAACAAGCAGAAAUAUUAGUGUGCGAGAAAAUGUAAAUAGAGACAAUCCAAGUGAUAACCAUCCUGCCCCUUCACCUGAAACAGAAAUGAGUGAGCAAGAAAUGCUGGAAGCUGCAAUCAAAAUGUCCAUGGAAUCAUCAUGACAUGGAAAUGCCCUAGUUUGCAUCAUGUCUAUUGUAAUUUGUAAAAAUAUUUUUAAAUAUUAUUUCUGAACUUUUUAUAAAGAUGUUUUUAAAAUCAGAAUUUGUUGUUAAUGAAAUAAAAAUAUCCAAAUAACUUCAUUAAUUUUGUAUCAAAUAAUCAAGUCAAUUUCAUGCAUCAAAAUUUAUAGAUUUCUUAACAAUAAGUUGCAGAAUUUGAUUUUUCUUGAUUUUCAGUUAAUUUUUAAAUAUUUUUUUAGUUUAAAAAUUGUGAUAUGAUAUUUAUAUAUGUGUUUUGAUGUUUCAUUCAUUUUAACUCUUUCUGAGUAUUGUACGCUAUGCCAAAAGCUCCCAAUCUCUGAGAAACGUAAAAUAAUUAUGAUGGAAUAGAAGACGGUAAAAAGGAAAGCAUCACAUUAACUUAAUAUAAACCAACAGGAAAGUUAUUAAUAAUUGACUUUUAGAGUUUUAUUCAGAAGUGUAUUGAAUGAUGUAUUGUAGAGAUUUGAUUUAUUGAUUGAUAAUCCAGUUUAUUGAUUAAUAUAUUGUAUAUUUUGGAUAAGCUAUGCCAUGGUCAGUUUAUUUAACUGGGUAUGAAACAGCAUUUGAAAGUUAUCUGCUAAGGGAAAGGAUGCCUUUCUAAGGAAAACUGGUUUAUAUACAUGACACAUGGGAAAACCACAAGAAUAUCGAUGUUGCCAACCUAUUUUCAGGAUUUCUAAAUGGGUUUAAUUGCCACUGUUCAGCAGUUUUAUACACUUUAUUCACUUCUUGAUUGCUUCUUCCACGUUACAGUGUACAAUGUAAGAUCACAUGUUGUUGUAUCUUUUAGGUACUUCCAUAAGAGAAAAUAAAUGGUGUCAAUACCAGACAGCAAGGAAGCAAAAGAUUUUUUGAGAACUUGAUUGUUAAAAAUUCUUUCAGUAGCCUUGUUUUGUUUGAUUUGUUGUUCUGUCUUGCUGAUGCAAGCAGCAUCAUUUGUCUUCCUAUAGCAGUCUCUCAAACUAUUGCACAAUAGCUGCAUAUACUGUAGAAGUUAUGGUAUUGUGAAAGAAAAUAAGCUAAUAGUUUUUUUUUAUAUAUAUAUAAAAUAAUUGCUAUUUUUUCUAUAUGGAAUAAAGCUUUGUAUAACUUGCACAGAUUUUCUGCUAUUCAUGUUGUCUUAGAUGUAUUAGUGUAGAUAAAAAGUAUGCCUCACUGGGCCAAAAAAUAUAUAUGUACUAAUUCUGAACUAGUUAUAAAUAGUUUACACAAUUUGUCUAAAAUAAUGACAACAGUGAACACAUUUUUAAAUAUUUAACAGCCUUGAUUCUAAUACUGUGGAAUAUAAUCAAAACUUAAGUCGUUUAUUGAACAAAGAUAUAUGACAUGCAGUUGCAAAUUGUAUUGUCCAGUGAUAGCAGUAAGUGUUCUUUAACAUUUACAAAUACUGAUAUUACUGUUUUGGGUCUUUUACAUCUUUUUCUACAAUUAUAUCCUCUAGUUUCAAGAAAACAUGAUCAUGCACUAUCACUUACAUGAAAUCAAGCUUGGAUAACUUCAGCACACUCUUUGAAAACUUGCUUGUAAAUUAUGAUUUUACAUAUGUAGUCUUUUGUAUCAGUAAAAAAUCCAUGGUUGCUUGAACUACUUCAUUUGAAAGUCCAGUGAUUAUAUGAUACUAUUAGUUUGGUUUGCAGCAGCUUACAGAGGUGUUCAGUUUAUGAAAGCACCAAUCAUUCUUUUUUGCUGUCUUCAGUUUCACAAUAAUAAAUUAUUUAGAGAGUUAAAAAACUUAUGCCAAGCAGUUUGCUUUAAAAAAAAAAAAAAAAAUAUAUGUAAUAUUUUAUUAUUGAAACGCAGAUUAAUGAAAAAUGAAUCGGCCUAUCGCAAAAACUCAAAAACUGAACUAAAUAAGGAAUGUGAGAUUGAAUUUGUUAUACGGUCAGAAAAUAUAAAAAGAUUUCAAAAAUUGUAAUUGCUAAACUUGAUCCUGAAAAUAUAGUUUCUUAGCUAAUUCAGCCUACUUUUUUUGGUUUUCUAACAUUACACUGCCCAUAUAUUCAAUUAUUUUGCAGCUGUAAAAUGUUUGUUUAACCUUUUAAAGGCCAAUUUCAGAUCUCUGUUUAUUUCCAAUUACUUUUUUGUGUAUUCCACUAAUCCUUUAGUUGAAAAAUAUCAGUCACUAAAAUGAAGGUGGAAAAAAUAUGUAUGAUGUUUUCAAUGAGGAACAUUAGCCACUUCUGAUUAAGCUCAUUAUGCUAUUCUUAAAAAUGGAAUACAAUGAAAUAAAAUUGACCAAAUAAUAAGCAAACUAGUAAGUAAUUAUGCAGGAUUUAGUUUUAAAUUGAAACACAGCUAGAUUAGAAUUCAGCUGAAAAUUUAUAAAUUUAAAUGGAAAAAACAUCCCUUUUCUGUCUGAAAAAUCACGUAUUUUAUACCUGUAUUUUAUUGUUCUUUGGAAACCAGGUCAAAUGUAACCUUUUUUAUUUGAAAGUUCCUUUCUCAAAUCAUAAGAUGUGAAAAACAUUAUCAAAAAUUAUAUUUACUUGGAAAGGGUUAGUAACAACUGACAGAAUGUUAUUGACAAUCCUAGUACCAAAAGGUGCUGUACCUUGUAUACCAAGUGCCUAGUACCAAGAGAUUUCCUUUCUGAAAUGUAAGAUUUUCUCUUUCCUAAAAAUAUAAGGAAAGAAGUUUAUAUUUAUUUUUGAUAGAAACUCACAGUAAGGGGAUUUCUAUGUUUCACAGAAGAAUGGAUACUGUCCAGUGUUCUCAGUUAGGAACUAGGAAAUUUAAUGAAUUAUAAAUGCAUUUCAUAUUAAUAUUGUAUUUUAUGUUUUUCUAGUAAAAUGAACAUUUUAAUUAUGUCUGCUGUUUUUUAGAAACGUUAGAUCAUUUUUUAAUUUUAUAUGAAUUUUUAAGUUGUACCCUAUGAAUGACCAAAAAAGGGGGGAGGGGCAUUUUUUUCUAAAUUUCUGCACAUUGCCCAUUUUGUAUCUGAAAAGACUUUUUUUACAUUAAGAAUAAAUGGUAUAUUUUUGAGUCAAUGGGAAUGAAAUUUUAUUUUGAAAUGAAUUUACAAUUUGAUGUUUCUGAUUAGAAAAAUUAGCUUGUAAAAGGUUAACGUCACCUUAAGCAUAUUUUUCUUUAGUGUCUGUUGUUAUUUUAAUAUAAAAUUUUGAACAAAUUUUACAUACUAAUGCAGAAUAAUUUUCUAAAUAAAUAGACAAAUACCUUAUAUUCCGACAUAUAACACUCAAAUAUAGUAUCAAAUAUAUUUAAAUAUAGUAUCAAACUAUAUUUUAAAAUUUUUAGACGAAUUCGUCAUGUAACAGAGACCCUUUUCUUUGUGAAGAAACCUGAAAGAUACAUGUGCGAUGCUCUUUUCUUUUGAAGUUAUUCAUUGGAAGAUUUUUCCCAGACUGUCGAACAAUGGUAUACUGAAUUGACAAGCGAUAAAGGGAACAAUAUGUGUAGGGAAGAUGCUUGAGAGAGCAAAUAAUUCUGAAAGGAAGGUAGAUUGUAUUCAGUACAGUUGUACAUAAAAAUUUUCUAGGGUUUUGAGAAGAGGAGGUAAUUUGGGGUAAGAAUGACUCGAAUGAAUCUGCAGGAUUAGAAGUCGGAUGUUUUCUCUUUCUGUAGUUGUUUGAAGCUGUAAUUUUGAAAUGAACAUCAAAGAUUUAGUAAAUUGCAUUUGCUUUAGUUGAAAUACACUGCUGCUAAAGGGAGCAAACAAAAUGCUGUUUUCAAAUGCAAAAUCGUUCAGUUUUUCGAAAGAAAAUGGAAAUCAUGCAGCAGUAAGUAUGUUUGGUGUUAGUGAAUACUCCUUCAGAUUUUCUAUCCUUAGUUGCAUGUACAAUUGUAUAAGUAACUUAACAAUGUUUUUUUCAUUAAUAUUCCAUUUAUUAUCCCAUUAAAAGUAAUUUUUAUUUUACAGUUUUUGCUAUAGAAAAGCAAAGAUAAUAGAGCUUUGUAGCUAAGCUUCAUUUUUAGAAACUAUAAUAAUAAUAAAGAUUUUGAAAUGUUAAAUUUUUUCCCCCUUCAUUUAGAGCUAAAAUAUUCUACUUAUUGAUGGUAAGCAUGGGUUUUUCUUUACUCCUGUAUUGCUAAAAAUUGAGAGAUUUAAAAAAAAAAAAAAAAAAAAAAAAAAAAAA